CGCGUGGAGCGCGGCGUGGGUCGCGGGGUCCGGCCGCGCGGGGCCAGCUCGGGCCGUUUCCGGCGCUUCCGGGGCGCCAUGGACUACCGGCGGCUGCUCAUGAGCCGGACGGUCCCCGGGCAGUUUGACGACGCGGACUCCUCCGACAGCGAGCGGAGGAUCCUGCGCGCGGCCCUCGGGGCCCGGGACGAGCCGCGGGCCGGAGAGCAGGAGCAGGAGCAGGAGGAGGAGAAGGAGGAGGAGGAGGAGGAGGAUGAGGACGAGGACGACGACGGCGCCUGGGACUGGGACUGGGACGACGGCCUGGGCAGGCUCGCGGGGGCCGCCCCCCAGGCAAACCGACAGGCCGCCAGCCUCAGCUCAGCCAGGAUGUCCACCCCGGCAGACAAAGCCCUGCGGAAGUUUGAGAAUAAGAUCAACCUCGAUAAGCUGCACGUCACCGACUCCGUCAUGAAUAAGGUCACCGAGAAGUCGCGGCAGAAGGAGGCAGAUAUGUACCGCAUCAAAGACAAGGCGGACAGAGCCACUGUCGAGCAGGUCCUGGAUCCCAGAACCCGGAUGAUUCUAUUCAAGAUGCUGACGCGCGGCAUCAUAUCGGAGAUCCACGGCUGCAUCAGCACCGGGAAGGAGGCGAACGUGUACCACGCCCGCACGUCGAGUGGCGAGAGCAGAGCCAUCAAGAUCUACAAGACGUCCAUCCUGGUGUUUAAGGACCGCGACAAGUAUGUCAGCGGGGAGUUCAGGUUCCGGCAUGGCUACUGUAAAGGAAACCCCCGGAAGAUGGUGAAGACUUGGGCUGAAAAGGAGAUGAGGAACUUGAUCAGGCUCAGCACUGCCGGCGUCCCAUGCCCGGAGCCCGUCCUGCUCAGGAGUCACGUUCUGGUCAUGGGCUUCAUCGGGAAAGACGACAUGCCGGCUCCGCUCCUGAAGAACGUCCCGCUGUCGGAGUCCAGGGCCCGGGAGCUGUACCUGCAGGUCAUCCAGGACAUGCGGCGCAUGUACCAGACUGCGCGGCUGGUGCACGCCGACCUCAGCGAAUUCAACAUGCUGUACCAGGGCGGAGGCGUGUACAUCAUCGACGUGUCCCAGGCCGUGGAGCACGACCACCCGCACGCCCUGGAGUUCCUGCGGAAGGACUGUGCCAACGUCAACGAUUUCUUCCUGAAGCACGGCGUGGCGGUGAUGACGGUGCGCGAGCUCUUCGAGUUCGUCACGGACCCGUCCAUCACUUCGGCCAACAUGGACGCGUACCUGUUGCAGGCCAUGGAGAUCGCCUCCCGGCGCACCCAGGAGGAGCGGUCCAGCCAGGACCACGUGGACGAGGAGGUGUUCAAGCGUGCGUACAUCCCUCGGACGCUGACCGACGUGAAGCACUACGAGCGGGACGUGGACCUCAUGCUGAAGCUGAAGGAGGAGGACAGGGCCCUGGGCGCCCAACAGGACACGGUCCUGUACCAGACUGUCACGGGCCUGAAGAAGGACUUGUCGGGAGUGCAGAAGGUCCCCGCACUCCUGGAGAAGCAAGUUCCGGUCAGGACUGGUUCUGAGUCGGAAGAGGCUACGAGCUCUGAGGACUCGGACACAGACACCGACGGGCAGGACCAGGACCAGGCUGUGUCCACGAAGGCCACUGCCGGCCUGGAAGUGGACAAAAAGGAAAGGAAAAAGAUGGUCAAGGAAGCCCAGAGGGAGAAGAGGAAAAACAAGGUCCCGAAACACGUGAAGAAGAGGAGGGAGAAGACGGCCAAGACGAAGAGGGGCAAGUGAGCCGGAGCUGGUGCGGCGGGCCCACGCGCAGCCUCGGCCGGCCCACGGGCACCGCACCCGCCGUGCCCCCUUCCCGGGCCCACGGGCAGCCUGUGCCUGUCGCGCUGCCUUUGCUGACCCCCUGCACUGCCUCUCCUGCCCGCUGGUGGUGCCACGGGUGUGGGCUCGGCCGUCACGCAGGCGGCCAGUGGCUUCCUGUGCGUGGACAGGUGGCAGGUCCGGGCUCCACGACCCUGGGUCGGGUCUUGGCGUUUGUGUGUCACGCGUGCCUUGCGCCGCGUGUGGAGCAAAGCAGAGACUCCGGCCUGGGGCUGCUGGUAACAGCUGGUCCCAGGGGAGACACAAGGUCAGGUGCCGCCUCCCAGCAGGUGGCAGCAGGGAGGAAGGAGGCAGGCGUGGGUGUGGCAGGUCAGGGCUCUGGGGGCAGGGCCGCUCCUGCAGGCCUCCCCGGCUGGUUUGGGAAGCUGCUCACGGUUUCCCCAGCACCCGUGUUGGUGCCGCCACCCCACGCCCACGCGGGAGGCCCAGUCAGGGAUUGACCGCUGUGCUGGGACGCGGGCUUGGGGCCACAGCUGGGCCUGCGCUCAGGCCACUGCUGGUGGUGCUCAGGGAUUGAAC